AUGAACGCAAGGUCUGAUAAAGGAAUAUUGAUGCAUCAGAGAAAAUAUGCAUUGGACUUACUAUCUGAACUAGGUUUGAAAGCAGCCAAGCCUGCAACUACUCUUACGGACUACAACAUCAAGAUGACAUCUAGACAAUUUGAUGAGCAUGUCAAGCAAAACCAUACUACUGAUGAUCCACCAAUAAACCAAGCAACUUAUCAAAAGUUGAUUGGCAAGUUGCUAUACUUAACUAUGACAAAGUCAGACAUAGCCUUUUGUGUUCAAACUCUAAGUCAGUUCCUUCAAGAUCCUAAGAAGUCUCACAUAGAAGCUGUACUCAGAGUGGUAAGUUGGCCAUCUAGCCCUCAAACUAGAAGGUCUGUGACUGGUUAUUUUGUGAUGAUUGGAAAUUCAAUAGUAUCUUGGAAAUCAAAGAAACAAAUCACUGUAUCCAAGAGCUCAGCUGAGGCAGAAUUCACAAGUCUUGCAGUAGUAACAGCUAAACUAAUAUGGAUUCUAGGCUUGAUGAAAGAGAUUGAGAGUGAAGUGUUGCUAGUUGUGGAUGUGUUCAGUGAUAGCAAGUCUGCCCAAUAA